AAAAAAUAUCAGUCAAGUCAUAUUACCUCUGUUUCAGGACUGUACACUAUAACCUUGUCGGUCUAUUAGACACAAUUCCAUCCGUGUUGGCUUUUUCUCCUGAAGAUAUUGAUCUGUCGCUCAAGGAGCGUGUAAACAAUACCGUUGGGCCAUGGCUCGGGGGAAAAUAGUGUGCUGUGGCCUGAGCACCCUCGAAGUCACCCUCAUGGUCCUGUUUGUGGUCAUGACCGCAGUGUCUGUGGGGCUCAUCUCAGUCAUGGCCGUCCACUGGGAAGACCGAUUGCAGGAACCAGAGCCUACAGUAAAUCCUACUGCAGGACCACAUGAGAACCCAUACCUCAUAGGGGUGGGCAGAGCAGACUGCACAGGACCCCCUGGGGAUGUCCCCCUGAUGGGCUAUGCGAACUUGGAGCAGACUGCUGCGGGUAUCCACACACGCCUCUUUAGCAGGGCCUUUAUUGUGGAUAAUGGGAGCAAGAGGGUGGUGUUUGUGACAGCUGACAUCGGCAUGGUCUCUCAGAGGCUACGGCUGGAGGUGCUGAAGGAACUUGAGGUGAAAUAUGGUAACCUGUACAGACAGGACAACGUGAUUCUGAGCGGCACCCACACACACUCUGGUCUGGGUGGGUACUUCCAAUAUACCCUCUUCAUGAUCACUAGUAAAGGUUACAUCAAACCCUCCAUCAAAGCCAUCGUCAAUGGAAUUGUCAAGAGCAUUGAUAUAGCACACAGGAGUAUAAAACCUGGGAGAAUCUACAUGAGCAAAGGAGAGCUUGAGGAGAGCAACCUAAACAGAAGUCCUCACUCCUACCUCAACAACCCUGCAGAGGAGAGGAACAAGUAUAAAUCCAACACAGACAAGCAGGUCACACUUCUGAAGUUCACAGACCUGGAUGGAGAUGGUAUGGGCAUGCUCAGCUGGUUCGCUGUCCAUGCUGUCAGUAUGAACUACACCAAUCAGAUGGUCAGCAGUGAUAACAUGGGCUAUGCCUCUUACCUACUGGAGCAGGAGAAAAACAUUGGCUUCUUGCCUGGAGAGGGGCCGUUUGUGGCAGCCUUUGCCUCUUCUAACCUGGGAGACGCCAGCCCAAACAUCAGAGGGCCAUUCUGUGCCAACACUGGACUCCCCUGUGAUUACCUCAACAGCUCCUGUCCCAUCGGAGGGCUAAAAAUGUGUGUUGCGCUGGGUCCGGCAGGAUCUGACAUGUUCAACAACACCAAGAUCAUAGGAGAGAACAUUUUCAAAAGGGCAAAGGAUCUGUAUGGUAAGGCCAGACAGGAGGUUCGUGGUCCCCUCCAUGCAGCCCAUCAGUGGGUGAAUAUGACUGACGUGACCGUCCAGCUAAACUCUACACACACAGGCAGAACCUGUAAACCAGCCCUGGGCCACAGCUUCGCCGCAGGGACUACAGACGGAGGAGGCGACCUCAAUUUCACACAAGGGGCUGUUGAGGGUGACCCAUUUUGGGACGGAAUUAGAGAUGCACUGCUUGGAGCUCCCUCCAAUGAGACACAGGACUGCCACCAACCCAAACCUAUUCUCUUUAGCACUGGAGAGAUGACCUGGCCCCUCCCCUGGCAUCCAAGCAUUGUGGACGUUCAGAUCAUCACCAUAGGACCUGUGGCCAUUGUGGCUAUCCCUGGAGAAAUGACCACGAUGUCAGGAAGGAGGAUAAGAGAGGCAGUCAAGCAGGAAUUGGAGGCCCAGGGAACAUUCAGUAACGCUGAGGUGGUCGUCGCUGGCCUGUGCAACAUCUACACUCAUUACAUCACCACCUAUGAGGAGUACCAGAUCCAGCGUUAUGAAGGAGCUUCCACCAUCUACGGGCCUCAUACACUUUCUGCAUACAUUCAGAAGUUUAGGGGCCUGGCCAAGGCCAUUGCAGAGGAUAAAGAGCAGGAGCUGCCCAAGGGUCCCGAGCCCCCUUUCUUCAAGGACAGUCAGCUGUUCAGCUUGCUUCCUGCUGCGGCUGUAGACAAAAAGCCAAUCAACACCACGUUUGGAGAGGUUUUAGAGCGAGUGGACCCAGAGUACACGGUUGGCGAUGUUGCUUCUGUCACAUUUGUUGCAGGGAAUCCAAGACACUCAGGAGACAUUAGGGAUAAGACUUUUGUUACCGUGGAAAAGUAUCAUAACAGCACAGCACACUGGGACGUCGUUCACACAGAUGCCUCUUGGGAGACAAGGUUUCACUGGGUGAAGAAUGGAGCGGAGAGCAAUGCUACCAUUGAGUGGCACAUCCCUCUGUCAGCCCAGGCUGGCUCCUACAGGAUCCGACACUUUGGACACUACAAACAGCGGAAGGGAUUCCUAGAGACUGUGAUCAUGGCGUAUGAGGGUGUGUCGGAUGUCUUCAGAGUCUCCAAAUUAAAGUAGAAUUACUAACCACUGAUCAUUUGAAUAUGACUAGACCAGCAGUGGAAAUAAUCCAGACGAUAGUGUACACUUCUAGUGGCCCUGAUAUGAUAAAUAUUGUAUGUUCUCUAUUUCAAUGUAACACAAUGCAUGUACAGUACUAAAGCUUUAAUUAAACAAGACCCAUGCUAAAGCAUUA